AACAAAACGAACUAAAGGACGAAUAGAUAGAAAACUAAACAAUCAAAGAAGAAAGUCACUGAAGAAGAACUUAAGGGCUGUUUAUUCAACUGAUGAAUCUAUUCAAAAAGAUCAAAAUCGAAUGAAAUGUCAAGUCAUCCAGAAGGAAACCCAUUACCAGAGAAUGGAGUAGUCGACAGAUUAACGAAAUCACAAUAUUCAACAGUCAAAUCAUUUUGGCAAGAGUUUUUCAAAUUGAUUGAUCAAGCACCCGAAAGAGGAACAUGGAAAGCAACAAACGAUCAAGAAUCCAACGAAUCACAAACUAAUAAUGAAACUAAUAAUGAACCUGUUCCUUCGAAUAUUAAAGAUGAAAACUUGAAAGAAAAGUUGAGAUCUGAACAAGAACUUAGGGAUGCUAAAGCUGCUUUAGAAAAAUAUGGUAGAAUUAAGUUUUUAGAAAUCUUUUGGGGAAUGAUUAUGAUGGACGAUCCAGAUGUAAUAGUAUUGAAAUUUUUAAGAGCAAGAAAAUGGAAUGUAUCGGCAGGUGUAGCCAUGAUGGCAGCAUGUAUGAAAUGGAGAAUUGAAUUUGGAGUAGAAGACAUUAUAGAAAAAGGUGAAGAAGGUUUAAAAGAUUGUGAAGGGUUCAUACAUCAAAUGAAGAUAGGUAAAAGUUUCAUUCAAGGUACUGAUAAACAAGGUAGACCUAUUGUUUAUAUCACGGUCAGAUUACAUAAGAUGUCGGAUACUGGGAUUAGAGCUUUAGAGAAAUAUAUUAUCUUCGUGAUGGAAUCUGUUCGGAUCAUGCUCACUCCACCUAUAAUCGAGAAAACAACAAUCGUGAUCGAUAUGACUGGAUUUGGUCUAGCGAAUAUGGAUUGGAAAUCACUUGGGUUCAUUUUGAAAUGUUUAGAAUCUUAUUACCCAGAAUCAUUGAAUGUUUUGCUUGUACAUAACGCGCCUUGGGUGUUUCAAGGGAUUUGGAAAAUUAUCGCACCAAUGCUAGAUCCGGUCGUACGGGCCAAGAUUCAAAUGACAAAGACACCCGAAGAGCUAAAAGUGCAUAUCGACGAACGACAUCUAACGAAAAACUUAGGAGGUACCAAUGAUUGGACAUGGGAAUACGAACCAGUGAAACCAUCUGAAAAUGAGAAGAUGAAUGAUCAACUUGCUAAAGCUCGUGAGAUGAGACACCGAAACACGUUGAUAGGAUUAUAUAUGGAUGCCACUCGAAAAUGGUGUGAUGAAUCUACUGAUUCUUCUUUACCUUCAAUGGUAGAAAUCGAGCCAGAUAAUGAAAAGACAGCUAUGGCCAUAGAUAACAGUCCAGAAGCAAUCUUAAGGAGAUAUUUUAUGUAUCAUCUUAGAGCACAUUAUUUUAUACUAGAUGUAUAUGUUAGAGGUAGAUCAUUUUAUCAUCGUAAAGGACAUGUAGUAGGUAAUGGUUUGAUUACAUUUCAAUAUCCCAAGGUCAAAGAUAAAUCAGGGAAAGAAAUUGAUGAAUGGGAAGUAUUGGGUUAUCCAAUGAGUCGAGAACAGAUUUUAAUCUUGAUUCAAAGAAUGAAAACUUUAAUGAAAAAACGUAAUAUUGCUUAUCCAGAUAUAUGAUUUGAUUUUUCCUUCUUCUAAUGUUAUAUUUUCUAAAUUAUAGUUUCAACCGUUUACUGCAAAAAUCUUAUUUAUUAAUUGUCCUCUAUUUUUUAUUCAAAGCUUCAACAUUUUACAGUUUAGGUCAAUAGGACCAACUAUGAUCAUAUAGCUUCAUCCAAAACGAAUGGAUGAUGUUGAUGUCUUAACUCUGAUUUCUUUUCUUACAUUGUUGUUUCUCUAACUUUUGUAGAUAUCGUUGUAUUUUCUUUAUUGAUGUUUGAUUUCUAAAUGCAAUUACCCAAAGAUGGUGUAAAGUUUUUUGAUGUAUACAUGAUUGAUGAUUUUGUCUUUUCAGCAAGAUUGAGUUGAUAUGCAGUU